AUGGUGGCACCAGGUGCAAUAUCGCCAAUCGACCGACGCAUGGCGAGAGCACAAGAAACGGCCCUAGCCCGAUUCUACGGUCGCCCAAAAGUGCACAAAGAGGGCGCUCCUCUCCGGCCUAUCGUAUCACUAAAGGGCACUCAAACCUACGGACUGGCAAAGUGGCUGUUCCAACGUCUCAAGUUUCUGACCUCCGAUUCGAACACCACAGUCAGCUCGUCAACGCAAUUGUUGGAGAAACUUAAAGGAGUAAGUCUCCUGCCAAGCGAUGUCGUGAUUUCCUUUGACGUCACGUCCCGUUUUACUUCUAUCCCGCACCACCUGGCAGUCGAGACCAUCGAACUACUCCUACGAGAGAAAUACGACGAAACGGAGAAUCGCCUCGGACACGCCCAAAUCAUGCAGUUACUGAAGUUCUGUCUCAAGACGUACUUUACGUUCGACGGAACAAUCUACGAGCAGGUGAAGCGAACGCGAAUGGGUUCGCCGAUUUCGGGACUCAUAGCCGAGGCGGUCCUACAACGGCUGGAGUCGCUGGUUUUCCGACACCACAGACCGAAAUUUUGGGCUCGGUAUGUGGAUGACACCUUCGUCGUCAUCGAACGGGAUCAGGUGCUGACGUUCAAAGAACAUCUCAACGCCGUCUUCCCGGACAUUCAAUUUACGAUGGAGGAGGAGGAAAACAAUCAGCUGGCCUUCCUGGAUGUCCUCGUCUGCCGCAAAGAUUGUGGUGGCCUAAAAACCAAAGUGUUCAGGAAAGCGACAAAUACGACGCAAAUACUGAACUUCAAUAGCAACCACCCGAUCAGUCACAAACGCAGUUGCGUAAGGGCGCUAUAG